UCGCCUGGCCUGUGAAUGUCUCGGGAUCCCCCCGGAUGAGCUGGUGAAUGUGUCCGGGUAGGGAGGUCUGGGUUUCCCUGCCCCCGCGACCUGACCCGGGAUAAUCAGUAGAAAAAGAUGGAAAUAAAAAUUAAAAAGAGGAAUGCUUCAUCCUUGCACCACCUCAAACUCAUUCAUUUAUUAUACGUCCCGCCCUCUCCAUUCAGCGAACUUGGGUCUUACUUCGGAGAGCAGACAGCCAAUCAGAAAGCUGGAUUUGUUCCCAUUUCUCUCGGAGACCCAACCACCCUGCUAGCGGCUCUUUCCUCAGCGCUGCAUCUGGACGGUGUGUAAGUACCUUUUCAUUCUUUCAUGUUUUUAAUCAUUAAUCAGGUGAAAGUCUGGCUGAUACACCAGCUGCUGCUUUAAUAGUGAUGCUUUAUUAACGUUAUGGUGUAAAACCACUGGUUCCAUUCGUAUAUCAACGAAUACAAAUGUCAUAAAUUGCUUUUAUUGGGGUUUUAUAACGCAUCGGUCUUUUACUGCGUUGUAACGUCAGUUUAACUUUAACACCGUGAAAUGAAUGAAAACAGUCUGUCACCGCUUUGUCAGAAACAACCAAAUCUUAUUUCUUUGUUGUUUUUUGGGCUCCUGGUUUUGAUCCAACCUCACCGUGAAGUCCUCUCCUCUCUGAUUCACAGACGUUUCUCUGAACUGUGUCAUUGUACAACAGUUUUCAGCUCCACCACCUUCUGAUCUGGCUGCUUCUUCCACCGACUCCUUUCUCUGUUCAGACGGAGCAUCCAACGUUUAAAAGGGUCCCUAACACCGGAGGAGGUGGAGGCAGAGGCGCCUGGGCAAGAACCAAGAUCACGUCCACCUUUUAUCUUGACUAUGGACUCCACCAAGAAGGUGACAAAGAAGCUCGCAGGUGCCACCUCUGAUACGGCCGCCUGGAUUACCAACGUUGGAAACGAGUACGGGCAGGUCCUCACCAGCAUCCUUGUCAGGGCUCUGGGGGUCUGUCCGGGAUGGUGGUCGGACUGAUGAGGCAUAUUAGAAAUUUUCCUCUCGUUUCUUCUCAUGAGAAGGUCCAGGGUCCCAACAGCCAGCCAGGAUACCGGCACAUCCUGACGCUGGCCAAGGUCCUGGUGGAAGUCUGGAGUCUUCAGGGUCUACCUGACAACAGGAUGGACAGGCUCAUCACGCUCUGGCAACGCCUGCCAGAGGGCGAUAAACAGCGAGUCGUCUACCCUGCCAGACACCAGGAGAGGCAGACCAAGGGGCGGUCCAAGGAAGAACACCUCCUGGGAAGGAGAGUCUCCAAUGCAGGUUCACAGGGCGACAGAGGAGGUGGGGAGGGCCGUUCUGGAGCAUCGUCCCUGCUCCAGCCAUCGCCAGCUAACCCAUACCUGCUGCAACAGGGCUGUCCGCGGUUCAGGUGGGACAAGGACAAGGGACAGCCCCUCAUAACAUCCCUGAAGAGGGGCCAGGUCCUUCCUCCCUCCCUCCUCUCCUGGCUCAACCCUAUCAGGCUGUGCCGCCUCCUCCUCCCAUACCGAGGACCACAGCCUACAGGAAGAGGAAGGUGGCUGCAGGAGAGGAGCCUCCACCCGGGGCCAGACCCCAGCGGUAGACCUGCAGAAAGGCUAGCCAGCUGAGGAUGCUCGACGCCGGCCCGCAGUACGACACACUCGCACCAAAGGUGUCGUUCGCACGGCGGUCAGCAGAAGGACUGGACGAGUGGAGGGAAGACAUGGAAAAAAGACUUAGUGUUUAAUUAUAUACAUAUUUACAUAUUUUAAAUAUAUUGUUUUAUAUAUUUUCUGUGUUUGUUUAUAUAAAUAAUGUAAACACUUGUUUUUGUUUUAUUUCAUUAAUGUUCACAUUAAUAAAUGAAUCUUGUCAAGUUCUUCGUCAGGUGUUUAUGAUGUAGUUUUAGAAUAAAGACUCAUCAUGAGUCAUAAAUGCAGCGUUUCCAUCACACAUCCAGAUAAGAUCUGCAACCGUAAAUUAUUUGUAAAUGAUUUCAGAACUAAUAAAUAAUUUCAGCAUGGAUGUUUUCCUGCUACAAUACUGGACACAGAAAGGUCUCCUGAGGUCAAAACCAAGAUAAAAAAAGAAAUUUAGCAAACAGCUUUUAUUUAAUCGAAGAUGUAAAAGUAAAAAACUGAACAGAAACAAUAAAAAUGGUAAGAAGAAAUACUGAAUAUGACUGUAAACUGCACUUAUUGACAUUUAGAGCGCGUUAUUUAAUCGUUGUCCAUGGGAAUUAAUGAUGCUUUUACUUUCAGGUUGUCAGUCCUGCUUCUGAUGCUCCUGACGUCCCACCAGAAAGCAGCCGGUGGCCAGAGACACCAGCCGGAG